AUGGUGCGUCACAUCAAGACAGAAUUUAGGAGUCAGACGUCUCACCAAACACGUGUGAAUCUGAUGUCUUGCAAGAUUAACAAGUUUAUUGACACAGAGUACUACGAGGUGGAGGUCGGUUCUCUUCCCGCUGUCCCACUUCACCUCUCCUCAUCUGUCACAAUGUCUGACUUCUUGGAGGAUCAGAUUCUUGAGUUUAAGGAGGCCUUCCUGCUGUUUGACUGGACAGGAGAUGGGAAGCUCAGCUACAGUCAGUGUGGAGACGUGAUGCGAGCUCUGGGUCAGAACCCUGUCAAUGCUGAAGUGCUCAGAAAUGCCAAAGCUGAAGAAAUUAAUGUUAAAAUACUGGAUUUUGAGCAGUUCCUGCCCAUGCCCCAGGCCAUCGCCAAGAACAAAGACCAGAGCUCGUAUGAAGACUUUGUGGAGGGUCUGAGGGUGUUUGAUAAAGGGGGAAAUGGGACAGUGAUGGGUGCAGAGCUACGCCACAUCCUCACCAUGCUGGGUGAGAAGAUGACAGAAGAGAAAGUAGAGACUCUGUUGGCAGGACAUGAGGAUGCAAACAGCUGCAUUAAUUAUGAAGCCUUUGUGCGCUACAUCAUGCUGAUGGGGGCCUUUCUGAGUAAAGAUUUUUGUGAAAUUGCACAUGACCCCUCUGUCGCUUUAUCCAUGGGAGGUGAUACCACCUGGUGA